GCGCCCUCUGACCCCGCUCCUCCGCGCCUGACCCGGAAGUGGAAUGCUCCCGUAGCAACAGGGCCGCGCCGCCAUGCAGAGAGAGGAGAAGCAGCUGGAGCUGACCCUGGAGGCACUCAUCAGCCAGGUGGCUGACCUGAAGAACUCAUUGGUCAGUUUUAUCUACAAGUUGGAGAAUGAGUAUGAUCGACUCACAUGGCCUUCAGUUCUGGACAGCUUUGCGUUGCUCUCAGGACAGCUGAACACUUUAAAUAAAGUGCUAAAGCAUGAGAAGACCCCACUAUUGCGAAACCAGGUUAUCAUACCCUUAGUGCUGUCUCCAGACCGUGAUGAGGAGAUCAUGCGGCAGACAGAGGGGCGCGUACCAGUCUUCAGCCAUGAGGUCGUGCCUGACCAUCUGCGAACUAAGCCUGACCCAGAGGUGGAGGAGCAGGAGAAGCAACUGAUCACAGAUGCAGCUCGAAUUAGCCCUGAUGGAGCACAGAAACAGAUCCAAAGUCUAAAUAAAAUGUGCUCAAAUCUGCUGGAGAAAAUCAGUAAGGAGGAACGUGAAUCUGAAAGUGGAGGAUUACGACAGAACAAGCAGACUUUCAACCCUACAGAUACCAAUGCACUGGUAGCAGCUGUGGCCUUUGGGAAAGGAUUGUCAAACCGGCGACCCCCAGGCUCUGGAGGAUCUGUCCAGUCAGGUCAACCAGGAGCUGGUGCCAUCAUUGCAGGGGCUUCAGGCAUGCAGCAGGUGCCAAUGUCAAGUGCACCAGCUCAGCAGCAGCCAAUGCUGGCAGGAGUGCAGAUGGCACAAGCAGGGCAGCCAGGAAAGAUGCCAAGCGGCAUAAAAACAAACAUCAAAUCUGCUUCAAUGCAUCCAUAUCAGAGAUGAGCCAACAUGAAGCAGACCCAGGGAACAGCAGUUACCUGCAUUGUUCCUGCUGGAGCCACCGCACGUGGAUUUCCUUUAGAACUUCUGAGUCCUUUCACAUACACACACCAUAUCCACAGAGCUGGAAGUGAUGAAACCCUUCCCUGGGUUUUCUUUAGUUCUGGGUGGCUUGUGUGGAGCUGCUAGUGCCACAUCUCCUGGAGACAAAUACUCUGUUCAGCCGGAGCAGAGGACUUUACUUGUGAUAGCAAUCCCAUUUUCUCCAGGUCUAGCCGGGAGGGCACCUACCCUUUCUUGAUAUAGAGCCUGGAGAGCUUCAUGGACCACUCUGCCUCUUGUUUCUGUCUUUGUUGAUUCAAGAUGUUCCUAUUCUACUCCCUGUUGUUGAAUAAAGACUUUGUUUUGCACAUGGUGA